GUGCAGGGGUGAGAGUUCGCGGUUUGCUCACAGCUGCCACUCGUGCUGAGCAAGUCUCCCACCACACCCCCUGGGCGAGCUUUGGGGGUGCAGGAUUCCAGGGAAGAGGGAAAGGGAAAGCGGUGUGCUAUUCCUGUUGCGCGGCUACGCACCAGGAAUUCUUGUGAACGGUGGGAAUGGCAACUAUCCGAUCCAAGGGGGAGAAAAAGAGCUGGAGUGAGCAAAACAAAGAGCGAGUGUGGGCCGCGGUGACUUCAUGCCUCACCAAUGUCCCGCCCACGCUACUCCGAGCUGUUGCUGCUGCCUCUGCCCGGGCGCCGCCGCCCCUACGGGCAACCCGGCAAGGCGCACUAUAGCGUGGGGCGGUUUCCUAGCAACUCCCGGCCGGAGCGUGCCCAGCUAACAGCAGGUUGGGACCCCCUCGGGGGUGGGGUGGGGGACCAGGAAAGGACCACCCCAAUCCUCUUCAACCCCAACCUCCUCCACUGCAUCCUCGCUGCGAGCACCCCAGACCACGGCAGCUGCCAGGGGUCUGGGCAGCGAGACGCCUGAGCCAAACUCUGGAGCCGAAAGGACAAGGGCACGAAGCCCCCGCCCCGCGAGGCUGGGCUCUCGCACCCCCGCGGAACCUCCCCUCCUGCGCUAGCGCCCUGAGCUCCAGUCCUGGCUAGCCUGGAAGUAGAAAUGCCUUGCUCUGUGUUUGGGGGCGUCUACAAGCACUUCUAGAGCGCUCCCGGGGCCGCCUCCCCAGCCUCUGGCACCCAGAGCCUCAACCUUCACCAGUCAGAACGCUUUUGCCUGGACCUUGCCCGCUGCUCCGCUGGCGAGGCUGCAAAGCUGCUACAAAGUGGAGUUGGCCUCCCUGCCCACCUGUGGAAGAAGCUCGCGCAGAUUGAUGCGCCAUCGACAUUUUUCCCCUUCGGCCUUCUGGCGUCCCCUCCCACAAAUGCGGCAUCACCCAGUGAAUAUACAUUAGGGUGAUUCCCCCCAGCCUCGGGCUUUGUUUGGGUUUGAUUGUGUUUGGCUCUUGGCUAAGCUGAUUUAUGCAGCAGAGCCCCAUCGGCUGGAGAGAAACAAAAGCUCUUUUCUUUGUCCCGGAGCGGGCUUUGGAGCCCUCGAUCGCGUCGCCGCCGCUGGCCAUCGGCCGUCGGAGGAGGUGCUUUUCGUGGAGACUCCAGGGCUGGCCGAGUGGAUCUGGGAGGGCCGCGGGAGCCCUGAGAUGCAGAGCAGUGCUCGGCCCACGUACCUGCACAGCUUGCUCGGAGCCGCGAGAUCCGUCUGCUCGGCCUGAGGGAAACGUCCUAGAGAUUCCCAGUCUUUUGGUCCCGAGGUGCGCCCGGGAGGCAAGAGCGCGCUACAGGAAAGGAGCCUGGCGGCAGGCGCGGGUAGGGCUGCUUUGCAUUAUGUGCGGCUCGGCCCUGGCUUUUUUUACCGCUGCAUUUGUCUGCCUGCAAAACUGCCGGCGAGGUGCUGCCUCAUUUCUUCGGGCGGCCUGGGUAUUUUCACUUGUUCUUGGACUGGGACAAAGUGAAGACAAUAGAUGCACAUCUUCAGACGCAGUGUCCUGCGCCAGGUGCCUUGAGCUGGGUCCAGAAUGUGGAUGGUGUGUUCAAGAGGAUUUUAUUUCAGGUGGAUCAAGAAGUGAACGUUGUGAUAUUGUUUCCAAUUUAAUAAGCAAAGGCUGUUCGGUUGAUUCGAUAGAAUACCCAUCUGUGCGUGUAAUCAUACCAAGUGAAAAUGAAAUUAACACUCAAGUGACGCCAGGAGAAGUGUCAAUUCAGCUGCGUCCAGGAGCUGAAGCUAAUUUUAUGCUGAAAAUUCAUCCUCUGAAGAAAUAUCCUGUGGAUCUUUAUUAUCUGGUUGAUGUAUCAGCAUCGAUGCACAAUAACAUAGAAAAAUUAAACUCCGUUGGAAAUGAUUUAUCUAGAAAAAUGGCAUUUUUCUCCCGUGACUUCCGCCUUGGAUUUGGCUCAUAUGUGGACAAAACUGUUUCACCAUAUAUUAGUGUCCACCCUGAAAGGAUUCAUAAUCAAUGCAGUGACUACAAUUUGGACUGUAUGCCUCCCCAUGGGUACAUCCAUGUGCUGUCUUUGACAGAAAACAUCACUGAGUUUGAAAAAGCAGUUCACAGACAAAAGAUCUCUGGAAACAUAGACACCCCUGAAGGAGGGUUCGACGCCAUGCUUCAGGCAGCUGUCUGUGAGAGUCACAUUGGAUGGCGAAAAGAAGCUAAAAGAUUGCUGCUGGUGAUGACAGAUCAGACAUCUCAUCUUGCUCUUGAUAGCAAAUUGGCAGGCAUCGUGGUGCCGAAUGACGGAAACUGCCAUCUGAAAAACAAUGUCUACGUCAAAUCGACAACCAUGGAACAUCCCUCGCUAGGCCAACUUUCGGAAAAACUAAUAGACAACAACAUUAAUGUCAUUUUCGCAGUUCAAGGAAAACAAUUUCAUUGGUAUAAGGACCUUCUACCCCUUUUGCCUGGCACCAUUGCUGGUGAGAUAGAAUCAAAGGCUGCUAACCUCAACAAUUUGGUAGUAGAAGCCUACAAGAAACUCAUUUCAGAAGUGAAAGUGCAGGUGGAAAACCAGGUACAAGGUGUCUAUUUCAACAUCACAGCCAUUUGUCCAGAUGGGGCCAGAAAGCCAGGCACCAUUGGAUGUGGAAAUGUGACAAGCAAUGAUGAAGUUCUUUUCAAUGUAACAGUUACAAUGAAAAAAUGUGAUGUCACAGGAGGAAAAAACUAUGCAAAAAUCAAACCUAUUGGUUUCAAUGAAACCACUAAAAUUCACAUACACAGGCGAUGCAGCUGUCAGUGUGAGGACCACAGAGGACCUAAAGGAAAGUGUGAGGAUGAAACUUUCCUGGACUCCAAGUGUUUGCAAUGUGACGAGAGUAAAUGCCAUUUUGAUGAAGAUGCAUUUCCAUCUGAGAGUUGCAGGUUACACAAGGAUCAACCUGUUUGCAGUGGUCGAGGAGUCUGUAUUUGUGGGAAAUGUGUAUGUCAUAAAAUUAAGCUUGGAAAAGUGUAUGGAAAAUACUGUGAAAAGGAUGAUUUUUCUUGUCCAUAUCACCAUGGAAAUCUGUGUGCUGGGCAUGGAGAGUGUGAAGCAGGCAGAUGCCAGUGCUUCAGCGGCUGGGAAGGGGAUCGGUGCCAGUGCCCCUCAGCAUCAUCUCAGCACUGUGUCAAUUCAAAAGGCCAGGUGUGCAGCGGCAGAGGCACGUGUGUGUGCGGCAGGUGUGAGUGCACAGAUCCCCGGAGCAUUGGCCGCUUCUGUGAGCAUUGUCCCACUUGUCACACAGCCUGCAGUGAAAACUGUUCCUCUCGCAGGAAUUGUAUGCAAUGCCUUCACCCUCACAAUCUAUCUCAAGCUAUACUUGAUCAGUGCAAAACCUCAUGUGCUCUCAUGGACCAGCAUUAUGGGCAUCAAACAUCAGAAUGUUUAUCUAGCCCAAGCUACUUAAGGAUAUUUUUCAUCAUAUUCAUAGUUACAUUCUUGAUUGGGCUGCUUAAAGUCCUUAUCAUUAGGCAGGCGAUACUACAAUGGAACAGUAAUAAAAUUAAGUCCUCAUCAGAUUACAGAGUGUCUGCCUCAAAAAAGGAUAAGUUGCUUCUGCAAAGUGUUUGCACAAGAACAGUAACCUACCGCCGUGAGAAACCUGAAGAAAUAAAAUUGGAUAUCAGCAAACUAAAUGCUCAUGAGAAUUUCAGGUGUAAUUUCUAAACAAAGAUACAAGAAAACUUUAUGGAAAACUGGAUUUUUAAAAUAAUUGCUCCUAAAAAAGUAAAAUUUUAAAAGUCACAGGAGGAGAAAAAUUGUUCAAGAUCAUGCCAGUUCCUGGUUGUAUACUCAAAUGAAGACUGACAAGCAUCCUCAUUGUCAUGUGACUCACACAGCUGCUGAACUUUUCAGAGAAAAAUGUGUCUUACUACUGUUUGAGACUAGUGUCGUUGUAGCACUUUACUGUAAUAUAUAACUUAUUUAGAUCAGCAUAGAAUGUAGAUCCUCUGAAGAGCACUGAUUACACUUUACAGGUACCUGCCAUUCCUACACGUCCCAGAGAGACACGAUGCUGUGAGACAGGCGAGCCUCGUGUCCCUACAAGGGUGCAAGUCAUUCCUGCCAGAACAUAUGGAUGAAAAACAUAACCUGGUAGUUACAUACCGAAGUGGCCAAAUGCUUCAGCAAUUGGUGUUUCAUUCAUUCAGGAGGUGAACAGCAUAGAACCUUAAUAAUAAGGGAUACUAUUUUGAGACUGUUGUAGUUUGAUGCAUGUGUGUUUGUUUCCUUCUUUUCACAAAAUGGAUACUAAUGCCAAUGUUCUUUCUUCUUUGCAUUUAUAUUUUGUUUUUCCUCCUUCCAGGAUAAGUUUAUAUAUAUUGCAGAUGACUGGAUUAAAUAAGUGCUAAGUUACUACUGCCAUAAAAAACCUGUAAUACAAUGUCACUUUAUUAGAAUACUGGUUUUAAAAGCUGAAUGUUAAUAAGGGACACUGUAAAGUAGCAUGUAAACCUGAAUAGCUUCAUUGUUUGAAGAUGUGGUAUCUUCUUACCUGGUAAACUGGAUGGAUUGUUUCACUAUUUCAUUUGCCUGAUCUGUAGGUUGGAAUUCACAAGGUAUUUAGAAACUCUGCCUCAGCAAUGUACUACAUUUUUGAAUGAGUUUUCUUAGAUUUUGAGUCCAAGUUGAUGUCAACAUUUUUCAGAUGAAAAGCUAUAUUAUUUUGCCUUUCAGUGCAGCCUAAGGACAUUCUUUCCCUAAAUUGCCCCAAACCUAUUCACUAGGAUUCAUAAGAAUAUAAAAUUGGAAGAGGAAAGGUAAUAUCUUAAAAAUAAGAUAAUUCUCCAUUUUAGUUAGUCAGGGAAUUGAGGCUUACAAAAUUUAAGUGGUUACUUAAAAACCACCCAGGAGAUAAAAAUGGCAGCAUUAGAGAAGGAGUUCUGACUUCUAAUUGCAGGCCAGUGUUCAUUGCAUGAUGUUAUGCUACCUCUCGAAAUUUAAAAUAUUCAACUGGCAAAUAUUUUUAAAUGUGAUUUACUGAAGUCUUAAAUAUAUGCUCCUGAGAAAUUUUCAGAAGUAGAGAAAAGUAAUUCCAAUUGAGUUGUCCAUAAUGGGUUCUAGUCUUUCCUGCUAAUCAGCUUCUGAGAAGAGACAGCAAUGUGGUGGAAAUAUGGGGAAAUCCUUCACAUUAUAAAUCUGUAUGAACAGCACCCUCUGGGGUUGUACCCUACUCAACUCAAGACCUGAAUACAUCUCUACCUUCCCCAAUGGAAACUUCUUCACAAUUACCAUAUCCCUACAGACUUACUCAGUCUGAAUCAUGGACUAGCUGUCCCACUAUCAUCUGAGCAGUCCAGAAUUUUACCUAUGACAACCAAACAAUAUAUAUAAAACAUCUUCUUGUAAUUCCCAGAUUUUCUGUCUUCCAGAACUUCAGUGAAAGUUCUAGAUGAAGACUCACCUCCAUCCUAUAUUCAACCCUAAAGAGAACUGAAAAACAUGUUUAGUUUUUCUGGAGCCAGCGGACAGCAGCUCCAUGAGCUGUUCUCUGCAGCCAAGCAAUUAUAAUACUAAAAUGAAUGCAUUCCAAGUGAGAAACUUGGGAACAUUGACAUAAUUCAAUACUGGGACUCAUGUAAGAAAACUUUGGUAACUAAAGAUAAUGUAAAAUUUGUAAUUUUAAGCCUAUCAAAUAUAAUAUCUUUCCAUAAAUAUAUAAAUAAAUGUAUGUCUGACAACCUCCCAAAAUGAAAAAAAGUGGGAGACAUCCUUUAAUUAAAAGGCUGGCAAUUUAAAAAUUAAUAGUUCAGUGUUUAUGAGCUACAAACUAAUUUCCAUAUGGAAAUGAGCAAAAGAGCUUAAGAAAAUGAAGUCCUUAAAAAUCAAGGAUUUUUUUUUUUUUUAUCUCACUAGUUUGCACUAACUUUAAAAUGGACCAAGCUGUUAACAUAGGAAGAGACAAACUUCCUUGUAGGCAAUUUAAAGCUAAGUGAUGACUGUAGCUGUCUCUGAAUGUCAUAUGCUUUUUUUCCUGUUUUUCUUUUUUCCUACUUAAAGAGCUAAUUCUUAAAGGUUUUAGGGCUUAUACUUUACUUGAAUAAUUGAUGUUUUUCUGUGUAAUGGUUUCUGAGAAGUGAAUUAAUAUUUGACUAGUUAGAAUUAAUUAAAAGAUAAGGGGAAACAGGGUAUUCUUAGAUUAAAUAAUUUAUGUAAAUAGAGCCUAUUUUCAACUACUAUGACCACAGGAGCCUUUUGUAUUCAUUGAUAUUAAACACAAUUUUAAAUUAUUAACAAAACUUAGAACUUGAACAACAUGUCUUGGUACGGCAACAAUUUUGUGCCCUCAAGUAUGUAAUGAUUAUGAAAAUGUGCCCCAUGCACACUAUGACACAACUGGAUGCAAUUUAUUUCUCUAGGGCAUCUUUACACUGCAGUGCACAUGUGCUCAUAAGUGUUCAACAUAUUCUUUGAAAUUUGCUAGUAUUUAUUAAGCCAUGGACAUUCUCUGGAAGACAUAAAAAUUCACUAGAAAUCAGAUUAUGUUCUAAAUGUUCAUUUUAGCUUUGAUUUAUAAAAAUAACAACCACCACCACACCAAGAACAAUACUAGAUAUCUCUGGAGGCAUUUAAAAAAAAAACUCAAAAUACUAACAUUAAUGGGUGCAUCACAUUCAACACUUCACUGAAAAAUAAAUUCCUUAUUUUUUUCUUUUUUUAGCAUUCACUUAACCACCCCAGAAGAUAUUUUGAUGUGUAACAAAAGGCAUCCAUGAGAUACUGAAAUAUUUCAGGAUGAGCUAUAAAAUUAGAUUGCUUCUCUCCAUCAAAUUAUAAAUUGUUCCUGUUAUCCUAAAUCCUUUUUUUUUUUUUUCAUUUGCUUUUCCCAAGAUUUCCUUAAAUCUUCAGGCUCAAAUAGUCUAAUUGUGAAAAAUAAUGGAAUUUAAGGGCAUAAUUAAAUUCUUCAUUUCCAAACACCUCUUGAUUUUAACACUCAUUUGAAUAUAUGCUCCUGAACAAAGACAGACCCAUUCAUGUGCAUAUUGCACUCUCUUUUGUUUACUCUUAAUAUCCAAUUUAUGGCUAUUCUUAUCUAUGUUGACCUUAAGAACUCCAUUUCAUCCAAAGCAAACCUUUUCAAAUGAAUGCAGAAUGUUCUUUUGGAUCAUUUGCAUCUUCUUUUAAAAUUCCUCUAUAGCAAUUUAUUAUGUCUAACUGAUCAUACACAUCUAUAUGUGUGUUUCAUUGAUUCUAAGACAGUUUUUCAAUUAACCUCUCCAAAAUUGUCAUGUCUUCUGAAAUUGUUGGCAUCUUAGGUGCAGUGUUGAAAAGUGUGCUUGAAUAAAUAUUACACUAAUUCACCUUUAAAUAAACAUUCAUAGGUAUGGGAUAAUCCUUUUCUUUUAAAUGUUUAUGAAUUAAUGUCUGAUAACAUCUGAAGCCAAUUUUCAAUACAACUGAAUCACAACUCAAUAGGGAGCCUAACUGUCUGAUUAUCAAGUCAGCUUCUGCAGAUCUUUAAGUUGCAAAAGCUCCUUCAGGCUCCCGUUUAUGUUCUAUGCUAAGUAAUGAUUAAUUCAGCAAUCCUCACUAACUGACUAGAAUGGGUAAGUUUAUUUUACUUAACUUUUUUUUUUUAUUCCUUUCUAAAGAAAUCCUUUGUAUAUGAUCAUCUCACUUGUAAACAAAACUAACUGGAAAAAUAUUCCAUGAAACCAUCGUAAUUAGAUUUUGUAGCAUCUUGUGUGUCUUUUAUCAAUGGAAGAAAAUAUGAAACAACCAGUCUUGUGGAAAACAACUUUGCUCUUGGGUCCUCCUACUUUUUUUAAACUUUUCUUUAUACUUUUUGUUCUUUUGAUGUUUUCCUUGGUUCUGAUACAUUUACCUUUAAGCCCAUGUAAUGACUGUUUUAAAACUGCAUAUUUAAAUUAUUUUGAUUAUGUGAAACAAUUGUUCAGCUCUCUGGGCAGCUUUUUUUGAAAUACCUGAGAGUAAUGACACUACUCUUGUAUCUACCUGAAAUAUUUUUCUGCUUAAAAUUUACCUUUGGAAGCUAACUCUAUUAAUGAGAUAUCUAGUCUUUAUGAUCAACUUCAGUUAAAAUUGUCUAACACAAUAAAAUAACCACUGCAAUCAAGGAUGGAAAAUGUGUGACACGUGUAAAGAACUUUGACUAACUUUACACUAUGCCACAGAAAAAUGUGAUUCUGAUGAAUUCCACACAAUGACAAGUAUGGUACAUAGAUUUUAUUAAAAAUAUUUAGUAUAAAAUAUUUUAAUUCUAAAUUAUAAGAAAAUACAAAUUUGCACAUAUUAAUAUAGAAAUUCAUUUUGUGUAUAUUUAACAUACAUUUAAACUAUUUUACAUUUAUCAGCUACUUUAUUAAGGUUUUUUAAACCUCUGCAAGAAAAUUAGAAAUGUUUUUUAAAUUAUCAGUAACAUAACCUUAUUUUGUUUCACUUAACAUGUACUGCCUUUGUAAAAAAGAAAUUUAAUAUAGAUGUAUUUUUAAAUUAAAAUCUUUGUGUAUUAAAUAGCUCUAAGAAAGAAACAAAUUCUUACUGAACAUGUUUCAUAUUAUUUCUGGCUUUGGAUUAUACGUAAAGUUAAAUUGCCUUAAAUGAUACAAAAGAUUGAGGUUUUAAUUUCACGUAAUAUGCUAUGAACCUGUUCAUGUAACUCUGACUACUAACUUCUGUUUUAUGUAUUUAUUAAAGAGCUGACACUGUAGAUUGUUGUGAGAUGUUUAUUUUUCUAACAGAUCUUAUAGGAGUUAUGACAAGGCAUUCAAUUAAUGCACCAUUCUGUUUAAAAGUAGGUGAUAAAUGACAUGAAAUUUUCUGUUUUAAAAUAAAAUGUAAAGGCUAAGAAUACA